GACACACAUGAAAAUUCUCUUGAUUACUACCUUUUUUUUGUCUGAUUAAGUUAUACCAGACUUCCAAGCACCAGAACUUGACAAUGACCAGCAAUGACACCUCGAUUUCGCAUUCUCUGCAGGACGCAAAAUUACCAGUAGGCUCGUCACCAUCCAAUAAUAUGAUGGGACAAGCGCUCACCUCGGAUCGGGUCCUGAGGUCCAGCACCAAACCCAACAACAAGAGGGCUCUCGGUCAACAGUUAUCCUCAGACAGACAACAGAAGCGACGGCGUAACAUCCCUAUUCUUGAAGGAGAGGCUGGAGAGAAUGGGAUUGUUGUUGGCGGAAUUCUCAAAGUAAAGGCAAAACACAAAGACCUAAUACAAGCAUUUCUCAUAAGGGAUGACGGCACAGACUUGGUGAUUCCACACGAAGUAUUUCUGCGCGUUCUCGAUUUGCUUUAUGAAAAGGGUGACGUUGCGACGUUGGUUUGCCUGGGACUCGCGAGGAAAGCAUUUUGGUGCUAUAAGAAGCGACAGCAUCAUCGUGAUUAUUCAAAACUCUCGCCAUUGAACAAGAUAGCAUUAGCACCGCGAUUGAAAAGGUGGAUGGGCUUAGAUUACCGAGUCGCUUCCAAGAGAACCUUGUCGGUAGACGUUGAAAAUCAAUGCAACGUGAUGUACCUAUCACGAGAAGUUUACGGCAAGAGAGGUAGCGAAGAGGAGACUGCUAUGACUGGAAGGUACUACAGCCGUAAUUGCUUACGUAUUCCACAGCCACGGGGUCGAGGAUACCCUUUCUACAGAACUCUUGUUUCACCAUUUCAUGAAGGUGUCGAGUGGAACGAAAGAGCACUCAAUCAUAUCUUGGAGCUGGCUAAGCUUUGGAGGCAUGGAUCAGGAGACCGUUGGGACGAAGCACUGGAUGACUUUUGGACCAACUACUUCUCUAGCCCUUUUAAAGACUGGGUAGGGGACUACUCGGAGGGCGACGAGCCCAACGACGGUGGCCAUUAUGAGCUUUUCGCUGCGAAACAAAAGUUCGAGGCAUAUGAAGAGCAGUUUAUGGAUGGAUAUCGGCUAUGGGAGGAGGAAGACUAAGAAUGUUAGCUAGUUGUGAUUUGAUCUAUAGAUAUCAAUAUGGCACACACAUUAGGUUUUGUUUUCAUAAUAACUGGACAAUUAUCUACGAAGGUGUCGACGGGUGGCAAAAUUCAAUCAUAUUUCGAAAACA